AUGGAGGAUUCUUCGGAAGACGAAUCUGCCAUUUUCAUAACACAGAGCCAGAGGUCGGAAAAUGCCGCUGCCGUUGAAGGUAAUUACGCUUUAACUUUUUGGGGGUCAUUUUUAAACGACUAAGAAAAGCUUUCCUUGUAUUUUGUUAUUGUUUAUAGAAGAGUAAAGAUUCAGAAAACCAAUUACGUCUGUUGAGUGUGAAAAAUUUGAAGAAAGUUGGGUGUCAGACUCAAGUCGUCGAAAAUGGGCGUGGGUGCUGAAAGUCUUUGAUCAGUGGAUGGUUGAGAGAAAUAAAGCCGUAAAUGAAAUGAGUUAUAGUGGUGAACCGUUGAUAAACGAGAAUCUAGAUGAAAUGUCUGAAGAGCAGCUGGAUUUUGUCUUGGCUCGAUUUAUUGCCGAAGUUAGAAAAGAAGAUGGACAAGAAUAUCCAGGAAAGACUUUAUAUGAAAUGAUAAGUAGUAUUCAAACGUUUUUACGUGUGAAAUGUAAGAGAAAUGUGACUUUGAUUGACAAAACAGGUUGUAAAUUUAGAAGUUUGAAUUCAGCUUUGAACUUUCAAAUGAAAGAAAAAGCUGGGCAAGGAAUAGGCUUAGUUGUCAACAAGGCUAAUCUUAUUACGGAGGAACAAGAAAACUAUUUGUGGGAAAACGGGUUUUAGGGAGCGACAACGCAGAGCUGCUUUGCCACACUUUGGUCUGGGUUUUGGCAUUCAGUUUGCUCUAAGGGCUGGGCAGGAACACAGGAAUUUGAGAUUUAAAACUCACAGUUAUCGCUACAAAGUGACGAAUCGGGUAAUGAAUUCUUACAGUAUAUGGAGGAUAUCAGUAAAACUAAUAAUGGCGGUUUGAGCCAUUUGCGUAUCAAAAGGAAAGUUGUUCGGGCAUAUAAGAACUUAACCAAUGUAGAGCGUUGCCCAGUUGAGCUGUAUAAUAAAAUACGUAUCUCACGUGCCGAAAGAAAUCAGUGA